CACAGGCCACAACUACACUCAUAUACAAUUGCCCUCUUUCAUUUAUUUGCCCAUCCGCUGGGUAUUGAAUCAGGCAUGGCCGCGUUUUCCAGGGGCCUCGCCGGCGCCCUCCGCCUACAGCAGCAGCAGCAACAGCAACAUUGCUUCCGAUUCUCCUCGUCCCUCCGCACCGCCGUAUUCACCAAUGCGCGACCGCAGCAUGUAUCUUCGCCAUGCAACGUGAGCCGGUUCUUCUCGUCUGCCAUGCGACAACGCUUCGCGGCGCCCAUUCGGCAAGCUCGACCUGCUGCGCCUUCUUAUGUGACGGGCGAUCCCGUGUUGCGCCGAGUGAUCUCUGACCGCUCGCCGGUGCUCUUAUACAGGGAGCCAAACCCGCGGAAAUAUCUCUUCCAGGUUUAUGGCUUCGCCGCUCUGGCGACGAGCAUUGGACUCUACAGCUUUUACUUUGGCAAAACCGUCCCCAAGGAGCAACCGUUUUUCGUGGUGCCCACCUACCUCUUCAUCGGAUUUGCCUUUGUCAUCAUUGGCGUUCACAUCUUCCAGCGGCCAGUCCGCCGCAUAACCACACUUGAAGUCCUGCCUCCUGCUAUGGGCGGACGUUUACAAAUGCGCAUAAGGGGCAGGAAGCACCCCUUCGCCAAGGAGACUGAACUACUGACGGAUAUAUGGGAGCCCACUAUUACGGAGAAAACGUACCCCAUGGUAAAGGAGAUUACGGAAGCGAACCGCGCCCGACGUCAGAAACUCUUGGAUGGCCUCGGCGGCAUGGGGUAUCUGAGCUUAGUUUGGGAGUUGGGCGCUCGUUUCUUGGAUCAGAAGUGGACGUCGUUCUUUCUGCGUUUCAAGUUCGCGGUGCUGCAGUUCGGUCAGGCCAAGAUUGACAUUGACGGGGUCAAGUGGAAGCUGGACUGCAAUGGCUAUCUGCUGGAAGAUGGUAAAGGUAAGUGUGGAUGCACAGUUUGUCGGCGGUAA